AUGAAAAUCAUAUUACCGAAAAUAUAUCAAGCCCCUAAUUUGGCAAGUGGAGUAGAUUCAUUAUUUAGGAAAGGUGGCUUAACAAUCAGUAUAACAAAAAUAUCUGACCAUGGGGACUAUGUUUUUUACAAGUUUUCAAUUAGAAAUGGUCCAGGGGGUCCAGUUAUUCCUAUAAAACUACAGGUAGCCAAAUUAUCAGGGAAAAUAUUAAUUGGAACUAUAGAAUUUACAUCAGUACCGCCUAUUGCAAAUGAAACAACCACAGAUAGAAUUUCAUCAACUACAACCAAAAUCACUACUUUUACUACAACUUUAUCAACUAGUGAAACUAUAACUACUCCGCUUCAUACUAAUAUUACUUCAAGCAUCCCAACUACUAUUACAACUUCACCGACUACUGAUACUAUUACAACUAUACCUACAAGUGUUAUAACUACGAUUUUGGCAAUUACUACUAAAAUACCUACUACUAUAACAAUAUUUCCAACUACAACUAUGGUAGCCACUACAGUAGCUCCAGCCACUACAAUAGCUCCAGCUACCACUACAGUAGCUCCAGCUCCCACUACAGUAGCUCCAACUACCACUACAGUAGCUCCAACUACCACUACAGUAGCUCCAGCUACCACUACAGUAGCUCCAGCUACCACUACAGUAGCUCCAGCUACCACUACAAUAGCUCCAGCUACCACUACAGUAGCUCCAGCUACCACUACAGUAGCUCCAGCUACCACUACAGUAGCUCCAGCUACCACUACAGUAGCUCCAGCUACCACUACAGUAGCUCCAGCUACCACUACAGUAGCUCCAGCUACCACUACAGUAGCUCCAGCUACCACUACAGUAGCUCCAGCUACCACUCCAGCUACUACUACAGCUCCAGCUACCACUACUGUAGCUCCAGCUAAUACUACUGUAGCUCCAGCUAAUACUACUGUAGCUCCAGCUAAUACUUCUGUAGCUCCAUAUACCACUACAGUAGCUCCAGCUACCACUACAGUAGCUCCAGCUAAUACUACUGUAGCUCCAGCUAAUACUUCUGUAGCUCCAUCUACCACUACAGUAGCUCCAGCUACCACUACAGUAGCUCCAGCUACCACUACAGUAGCUCCAGCUACCACUACAGUAGCUCCAGCUACCACUACAGUAGCUCCAACUACUAAUACAGUAGCACCAAUUACCAAUACAGUAGCUCCAUUUACCACUACAGUAGCUCCAGCUACCACUACAGCCACUCUAGCUACUACAACAAUAGCUCCUGCUACUACUACUUAUACUACAACAAUCUUUCCCACUACUAAUGCUAUUAUAACAUCUAUGAAGUCUGCAAAUACAACCAUGCCUAUUAGUGAUACUACCACAACCACUUCCACUACUAAUACAAAUCCAAUUUCUGCCACUUUUACAAUCACAACUACUACAACUAAUAACAUGGUCACAAUCACAAUUGCUAGUAACAAUACAACUAUACCUAUAAAUGCACCCAUAUCUAUUACCUAUACUCCAGGCAUCAGUGAUCUAGAUGGAUCUACUCUUUUCUUAAUUGCAAAAUAUAUAACUGAAGCGACUUGCAACUUGGAUAUAAAUAUAGGUAUUUAUGGAAGCACGAUAAUAGAAAUUGUAACAGACCGAGGUUAUCGAGCAAACAAUUUGGCCCUUGGGGCAGAUUCAUACUUUAGCUCAGAUGGUUUAACAAUCAGUAUAACGAGAAUAUCUACCUUUAGGCGAUAUAUUUUCUACAAGUUUGCUAUUAGAAAUGGUCCAGGAGGACCGACCACGCCCAUAAAACUUCAGGAAUCAAACCACCGAGGACAAAUAUUUGUUGGAUCGAUAGAAUUUACAUCUAGUCCGGUAAUAGCAAGCUUUAUAACUGAGAGGGCAUUUAGUGUUACGAUCAAUACUAACCCAUUUAAUUCUUACAACACAACAAACAUGCUUCCAAUAUCUAGUAUUAAUAUCAAUAGUACACCUUUUAUUAGGCCUAACAUUAUUAAUAUUUCUGAUUCCUUUGCCACGACAACAAUAUCUUCUGAUUCAACAACAAUCGCACUUACUGAUACCAUUGAAACAACAACAGACACAACUGAGAUUGAUACUACAAUUAGCACAGGUAAUAUUGGAUUAACAACAAGAACCCCUUAUACUCCUACCCUAGAAAAUAAACUUACCCCUGAUGAAACAAUAACAACUACUAAUGAAAAUACUACUAAUAAAACAUCCACGCUUAUUACUGAUAUCAUAAAAACAACUGAAAUUACAAAUAUCAUGCCCACUACAGAUAAAGCAACUAUUCUAACUACUGGUAUCACAGCAACCAUUCUUAACAAAUCUACAAGAUCUAUAUCUAAUAAUACAACCCCUAAUCUCAUAUUAGAUAUUUUUACAACCACUCCAACAAUAAUAAUAUCUAGCAUUAAUAGUACACCUUUUAUUAGGCCUAAUCUCAUUAUUAAUACUUCUAAUUCCUCUGCCAGGACAACCAUAUUCUCUGAUUCCACAACAAUCCCAUCUAAUGAUACCCCGUCAAUUAAAACUACAAUUGAUAUAACAACAGCCACGUCUGUGAGUGAUACCACAUUUACCACAGGUAAUAUUGGAAUUAUAACAAACACCCCUAAUACAACGACCCUAGAUAAUACACUAACCACUGAUGCCACAAUAACAACUACUAGUGAUAUUAUUACUACGAAUAUAUUUGUUACGGAUACCACGAAAAAUGCAUCUACUACUAGUGCCUUAACAAUCAUACCUAGUACUGAAACAACCGUAACCACACUUACUACUACAACAGCUACGAAAGCUAAUACUGACAGCAUAACAACUACGCCUAAUAUUGAAUCUAUAAAAUCUACGCCCAUUACUGAUAUAAUAACAACAACUGAGAAUACAAAUAUAAUGCUCACUACAGAUAAAGCAACUAUUCUAACUACUGGUAUCAAAGCAACCGUGCUUAACAAAUCUACAACAUCUAUAUCUACUAAUACAACAUCUAAUCUAAUACCAGAUAUUUCUAACACCACUCCAACAAUAAUAAUAUAUAGCCUUAAUAGUACGCCUUUUAUUUCUAAUCUCACUAUUAAUACUUCUGAUUCCACUGGCACAACAACCAUAUCCCCAGAUUCCACAACAAUCGUACCUACUGAUACCUUGUCAAUAAAAACUACCAUUGAUAUAACAACAGCCACACUUGUGAAUGAUACCACAUUUACCACAGGUAAUAUUGGAAUUACAACAACAACGCGUAAUACAACGACCCUAGAUAAUACACUAACCACUGAUGCCACAAUAACAACUACUAGUGAUAUUAUUACUACGAAUAUAUUUGUUACGGAUACCACGAAAAAUGCAUCUAAUACUAGUGCCUUAACAAUUACACCUAGUACUGAAACAACCGUAACCACACUUACUAAAAAAAUAGAGACCAUAGGUAUUACAGACAGCACAACAACCACGCCUAAUAUUGUAUCUAUAAAAUUCACGCCUAUUACUGAUAUAAUAACAAUAACUGAAAAUACAAAUAACAUGCUCACUACAGAUAAAGCAACUAUUCUAACUACUGGUAUCAUAGCAACCUUGCUAACCGAAUCUACAACUUCUAUAUCUACUAAUACAACCCGUAAUCUAAUACCAGAUAUUUCUAACACCACUCCAACAAUAAUAAUAUCUAGCCUUAAUAGUACGCCUUUUAUUUCUAAUCUCACUAUUAAUACUUCUGAUUCCACUGGCACAACAACCAUAUCCCCAGAUUCCACAACAAUCGUACCUACUGAUACCUUGUCAAUAAAAACUACCAUUGAUAUAACAACAGCCACACUUGUGAAUGAUACCACAUUUACCACAGAGAGCAAAGGUAUUACUGACAGCACAUCAACCACGCCUAAUAUUGAAUCUAUAAAAUUCACGCCUAUUACUGAUAUAAUAACAAUAACUGAAAAUACAAAUAACAUGCUCACUACAGAUAAAGCAACUAUUCUAACUACUGGUAUCACAGCAACCUUGAUUAUCGAAUCUACAACUUCUAUAUCUAUUAAUACAACCCGUAAUCUAAUACCAAAUAUUUCUAACACCACUCCAACAAUAGUAAUAUCUAGCCUUAAUAGUACGCCUUUUAUUCCUAAUGUCACUAUCAAUACUUCUGAUUCCACUGGCACAAUAACCAUAUCCCCAGAUUCCACAACAGUCGCACCUACUGACACCUUGUCAAAAAAAACUACCAUUGAUAUAACAACAGCCACACCUGUGAGUGAUACCACAUUUACCACAGGUAAUAUUGGAAUUACAACAACAACGCCUAAUACAACGACCCUAGAUAAUAUACUAACCACUGAUGCCACAAUAACAACUACUAGUGAUAUUAUUACUACGAAUAUAUUUGUUACGGACACCACGAAAAAUGCAUCUACUACUAGUGCCUUAACAAUCACACCUAGUACUGAAACAACCGUAACCACACUUACUACUAAAAUAGAGACCAUAGGUAUUACAGACAGCACAACAACCACGCCUAAUAUUGAAUCUAUAAAAUCUACGCCCAUUACUGAUAUAAUAACAACAACUGAGAAUACAAAUAUAAUGCUCACUACAGAUAAAGCAACUAUUCUAACUACUGGUAUCAAAGCAACCGUGCUUAACAAAUCUACAACAUCUAUAUCUACUAAUACAACAUCUAAUCUAAUACCAGAUAUUUCUAACACCACUCCAACAAUAAUAAUAUCUAGCCUUAAUAGUACGCCUUUUAUUUCUAAUCUCACUAUUAAUACUUCUGAUUCCACUGGCACAACAACCAUAUCCCCAGAUUCCACAACAAUCGUACCUACUGAUACCUUGUCAAUAAAAACUACCAUUGAUAUAACAACAGCCACACUUGUGAAUGAUACCACAUUUACCACAGAGAGCAAAGGUAUUACUGACAGCACAUCAACCACGCCUAAUAUUGAAUCUAUAAAAUUCACGCCUAUUACUGAUAUAAUAACAAUAACUGAAAAUACAAAUAACAUGCUCACUACAGAUAAAGCAACUAUUCUAACUACUGGUAUCACAGCAACCUUGAUUAUCGAAUCUACAACUUCUAUAUCUAUUAAUACAACCCGUAAUCUAAUACCAAAUAUUUCUAACACCACUCCAACAAUAGUAAUAUCUAGCCUUAAUAGUACGCCUUUUAUUCCUAAUGUCACUAUCAAUACUUCUGAUUCCACUGGCACAAUAACCAUAUCCCCAGAUUCCACAACAGUCGCACCUACUGACACCUUGUCAAAAAAAACUACCAUUGAUAUAACAACAGCCACACCUGUGAGUGAUACCACAUUUACCACAGGUAAUAUUGGAAUUACAACAACAACGCCUAAUACAACGACCCUAGAUAAUAUACUAACCACUGAUGCCACAAUAACAACUACUAGUGAUAUUAUUACUACGAAUAUAUUUGUUACGGACACCACGAAAAAUGCAUCUACUACUAGUGCCUUAACAAUCACACCUAGUACUGAAACAACCGUAACCACACUUACUACUAAAAUAGAGACCAUAGGUAUUACAGACAGCACAACAACCACGCCUAAUAUUGAAUCUAUAAAAUCUACGCCCAUUACUGAUAUAAUAACAACAACUGAGAAUACAAAUAUAAUGCUCACUACAGAUAAAGCAACUAUUCUAACUACUGGUAUCAAAGCAACCGUGCUUAACAAAUCUACAACAUCAAUUUCUACUAAUACAACAUCUAAUCUAAUACCAGAUAUUUCUAACACCACUCCAACAAUAAUAAUAUCUAGCCUUAAUAGUACGCCUUUUAUUCCUAAUUUCACUAUUAAUACUUCUGAUUCCACUGGCAUAACAACCAUAUCCCCAGAUUCCACAACAAUCGUACCUACUGAUACCUUGUCAAUAAAAACUACCAUUGAUAUAACAACAGCCACACCUGUGAGUGAUACCACAUUUACCACAGGUAAUAUUGGAAUUACAACAACAACGCCUAAUACAACGACCCUAGAUAAUACACUAACCACUGAUGCCACAAUAACAACUACUAGUGAUAUUAUUACUACGAAUAUAUUUGUUACGGAUACCACGAAAAAUGCAUAUACUACUAGUGCCUUAACAAUCACACCUAGUACCGAAACAACCGUAACCACACUUACUACUAAAACAGAGACCAUAGGUAUUACAGACAGCACAACAACCACGCCUAAUAUUUUAUCUAUAAAAUCCACGCCCAUUACUGAUAUAAUAACAACAACUGAGAAUACAAAUAUAAUGCUCACUACAGAUAAAGCAACUAUUCUAACUACUGGUAUCAGAGCAACCGUGCUUAACAAAUCUACAACAUCUAUAUCUACUAAUACAACAUCUAAUCUAAUACCAGAUAUUUCUAACACCACUCCAACAAUAAUAAUAUCUAGCCUUAAUAGUACGCCUUUUAUUCCUAAUCUCACUAUUAAUACUUCUGAUUCCACUGGCACAACAACCAUAUCCCCAGAUUCCACAACAAUCGUACCUACUGAUACCUUGUCAAUAAAUAUAUUUGUUACGGAUACCACGAAAAAUGCAUCUACUACUAGUGCCUUAACAAUCACAUCUAGUACUGAAACAACCGUAACCACACUUACUACUACAACAGCUACGAAAGCUAAUACUGACAGCAUAACAACCACGCCUAAUAUUGAAUCUAUAAAAUCCACGCCCAUUACUGAUAUAAUAACAACAACUGAGAAUACAAAUAUAAUGCUCACUACAGAUAAAGCAACUAUUCUAACUACUGGUAUCAGAGCAACCGUGCUUAACAAAUCUACAACAUCUAUAUCUACUAAUACAACAUCUAAUCUAAUACCAGAUAUUUCUAACACCACUCCAACAAUAAUAAUAUCUAGCCUUAAUAGUACGCCUUUUAUUCCUAAUUUCACUAUUAAUACUUCUGAUUCCACUGGCACAACAACCAUAUCCCCAGAUUCCACAACAAUCGUACCUACUGAUACCUUGUCAAUAAAAACUACCAUUGAUAUAACAACAGCCACACCUGUGAGUGAUACCACAUUUACCACAGGUAAUAUUGGAAUUACAACAACAACGCCAAAUACAACGACCCUAGAUAAUAUACUAACCACUGAUGCCACAAUAACAACUACUAGUGAUAUUAUUACUACGAAUAUAUUUGUUACUGAUACCACGAAAAAUGCAUCUACUACUAGUGCCUUAACAAUCACACCUAGUACUGAAACAACCGUAACCACACUUACUACUAAAAUAGAGACCAUAGGUAUUACAGACAGCACAACAACCACGCCUAAUAUUGAAUCUAUAAAAUCUACGCCCAUUACUGAUAUAAUAACAACAACUGAGAAUACAAAUAUAAUGCUCACUACAGAUAAAGCAACUAUUCUAACUACUGGUAUCAAAGCAACCGUGCUUAACAAAUCUACAACAUCUAUAUCUACUAAUACAACAUCUAAUCUAAUACCAGAUAUUUCUAACACCACUCCAACAAUAAUAAUAUCUAGCCUUAAUAGUACGCCUUUUAUUCCUAAUUUCACUAUUAAUACUUCUGAUUCCACUGGCACAACAACCAUAUCCCCAGAUUCCACAACAAUCGUACCUACUGAUACCUUGUCAAUAAAAACUACCAUUGAUAUAACAACAGCCACACCUGUGAAUGAUACCAUAUUUACCACAGGUAAUAUUGGAAUUACAACAACAACGCGUAAUACAACGACCCUAGAUAAUACACUAACCACUGAUGCCACAAUAACAACUACUAGUGAUAUUAUUACUACGAAUAUAUUUGUUACGGAUACCACGAAAAAUGCAUCUACUACUAGUGCCUUAACAAUCACACCUAGUACUGAAACAACCGUAACCACACUUACUACUAAAAUAGAGACCAUAGGUAUUACAGACAGCACAACAACCACGCCUAAUAUUGAAUCUAUAAAAUCUACGCCCAUUACUGAUAUAAUAACAACAACUGAGAAUACAAAUAUAAUGCUCACUACAGAUAAAGCAACUAUUCUAACUACUGGUAUCAAAGCAACCGUGCUUAACAAAUCUACAACAUCAAUUUCUACUAAUACAACAUCUAAUCUAAUACCAGAUAUUUCUAACACCACUCCAACAAUAAUAAUAUCUAGCCUUAAUAGUACGCCUUUUAUUCCUAAUUUCACUAUUAAUACUUCUGAUUCCACUGGCAUAACAACCAUAUCCCCAGAUUCCACAACAAUCGUACCUACUGAUACCUUGUCAAUAAAAACUACCAUUGAUAUAACAACAGCCACACCUGUGAGUGAUACCACAUUUACCACAGGUAAUAUUGGAAUUACAACAACAACGCCAAAUACAACGACCCUAGAUAAUAUACUAACCACUGAUGCCACAAUAACAACUACUAGUGAUAUUAUUACUACGAAUAUAUUUGUUACUGAUACCACGAAAAAUGCAUCUACUACUAGUGCCUUAACAAUCACACCUAGUACUGAAACAACCGUAACCACACUUACUACUAAAAUAGAGACCAUAGGUAUUACAGACAGCACAACAACCACGCCUAAUAUUGAAUCUAUAAAAUCUACGCCCAUUACUGAUAUAAUAACAACAACUGAGAAUACAAAUAUAAUGCUCACUACAGAUAAAGCAACUAUUCUAACUACUGGUAUCAAAGCAACCGUGCUUAACAAAUCUACAACAUCUAUAUCUACUAAUACAACAUCUAAUCUAAUACCAGAUAUUUCUAACACCACUCCAACAAUAAUAAUAUCUAGCCUUAAUAGUACGCCUUUUAUUCCUAAUUUCACUAUUAAUACUUCUGAUUCCACUGGCACAACAACCAUAUCCCCAGAUUCCACAACAAUCGUACCUACUGAUACCUUGUCAAUAAAAACUACCAUUGAUAUAACAACAGCCACACCUGUGAAUGAUACCAUAUUUACCACAGGUAAUAUUGGAAUUACAACAACAACGCGUAAUACAACGACCCUAGAUAAUACACUAACCACUGAUGCCACAAUAACAACUACUAGUGAUAUUAUUACUACGAAUAUAUUUGUUACGGAUACCACGAAAAAUGCAUCUACUACUAGUGCCUUAACAAUCACACCUAGUACUGAAACAACCGUAACCACACUUACUACUAAAAUAGAGACCAUAGGUAUUACAGACAGCACAACAACCACGCCUAAUAUUGAAUCUAUAAAAUCCACGCCCAUUACUGAUAUAAUAACAACAACUGAGAAUACAAAUAUAAUGCUCACUACAGAUAAAGCAACUAUUCUAACUACUGGUAUCAAAGCAACCGUGCUUAACAAAUCUACAACAUCUAUAUCUACUAAUACAACAUCUAAUCUAAUACCAGAUAUUUCUAACACCACUCCAACAAUAAUAAUAUCUAGCCUUAAUAGUACGCCUUUUAUUCCUAAUUUCACUAUUAAUACUUCUGAUUCCACUGGCACAACAACCAUAUCCCCAGAUUCCACAACAAUCGUACCUACUGAUACCUUGUCAAAAAAAACUACCAUUGAUAUAACAACAGCCACACUUGUGAGUGAUACCACAUUUACCACAGGUAAUAUUGGAAUUACAACAACAACGCCUAAUACAACGACCCUAGAUAAUAUACUAACCACUGAUGCCACAAUUACAACUACUAGUGAUAUUAUUACUACGAAUAUAUUUGUUACGGAUACCACGAAAAAUGCAUCUACUACUAGUGCCUUAACAAUCACACCUAGUACUGAAACAACCGUAACCACACUUACUACUAAAAUAGAGACCAUAGGUAUUACAGACAGCACAACAACCACGCCUAAUAUUGAAUCUAUAAAAUCCACGCCCAUUACUGAUAUAAUAGCAACAACUGAGAAUACAAAUAUAAUGCUCACUACAGAUAAAGCAACUAUUCUAACUACUGGUAUCAAAGCAACCGUGCUUAACAAAUCUACAACAUCAAUUUCUACUAAUACAACAUCUAAUCUAAUACCAGAUAUUUCUAACACCACUCCAACAAUAAUAAUAUCUAGCCUUAAUAGUACGCCUUUUAUUCCUAAUUUCACUAUUAAUACUUCUGAUUCCACUGGCAUAACAACCAUAUCCCCAGAUUCCACAACAAUCGUACCUACUGAUACCUUGUCAAUAAAAACUACCAUUGAUAUAACAACAGCCACACCUGUGAGUGAUACCACAUUUACCACAGGUAAUAUUGGAAUUACAACAACAACGCCUAAUACAACGACCCUAGAUAAUAUACUAACCACUGAUGCCACAAUAACAACUACUAGUGAUAUUAUUACUACGAAUAUAUUUGUUACGGAUACCACGAAAAAUGCAUCUACUACUAGUGCCUUAACAAUCACACCUAGUACUGAAACAACCGUAACCACACUUACUACUAAAAUAGAGACCAUAGGUAUUACAGACAGCACAACAACCACGCCUAAUAUUGAAUCUAUAAAAUCCACGCCCAUUACUGAUAUAAUAACAACAACUGAGAAUACAAAUAUAAUGCUCACUACAGAUAAAGCAACUAUUCUAACUACUGGUAUCAGAGCAACCGUGCUUAACAAAUCUACAACAUCUAUAUCUACUAAUACAACAUCUAAUCUAAUACCAGAUAUUUCUAACACCACUCCAACAAUAAUAAUAUCUAGCCUUAAUAGUACGCCUUUUAUUCCUAAUCUCACUAUUAAUACUUCUGAUUCCACUGGCACAACAACCAUAUCCCCAGAUUCCACAACAAUCGUACCUACUGAUACCUUGUCAAUAAAUAUAUUUGUUACGGAUACCACGAAAAAUGCAUCUACUACUAGUGCCUUAACAAUCACAUCUAGUACUGAAACAACCGUAACCACACUUACUACUACAACAGCUACGAAAGCUAAUACUGACAGCAUAACAACCACGCCUAAUAUUGAAUCUAUAAAAUCCACGCCCAUUACUGAUAUCAUAACAACAACUGAAAAUACAAAUAUAAUGUACACUACAGAUAAUGCAAAUAUUCUAACUACUGAUAUCAGAGCAACCUUGCUUAACAAAUCUACAACAUCUAUAUCUACUAAUACAACCUCUAAUCUCAUAACAGAUAUUUCUACAACAACUCCAACAAUAAUAAUAUCAAGCAUUAAUAGUACGACUUUUAUUAGGCCUAAUCUCAUUAUUAAUACUUCUGAUACCUCUGGCACAACAAUUUUAUCUCCAAAUUCCACAACAAUCACACCUACUGAUACUUUGUCAUUAAAAACUACCAUUGAUAUAACAACAGCCAUACCUGUGAGUGAUACCACAUUUACCACAGCUAAUAUUGGAAUUACAACAACAACUCUUAAUAAAACGACCCUAGAUAAUACACUAACCACUGAUGCUACAAUAACAACUACUAGUGAUAUUAUUACUAACAAUAUAAAUAUUACGGAUACAACGAAAAAUAUAGAUAAUACAACUGCCUUAACAAUCACACCUAGCACUGACAUAACCGUUACUACACUUACUACAAAAAUAGAGACCAAAGGUAUUACUGACAGCAUAAAAACCAAGCCUAAUAUUGAAUCUAUAAAACCCACGCCCAUUACUGAUAUAAUAACAACAACUGAUAAUACAAAUAUCAUCCUCACUACAGAUAAAGCAACUAUUCUAACUAUUGGUAUCACAACAACCUUGCAUAACAAAUCUACAACUUCUAUAUUUACUAAUACAACCAGUAAUCUAAUACCAGAUAUUUUUAACACCACUCCAACAAUAAUAAUAUCUAGCCUUAAUAGUACGCCUUUUAUUCCUGAUAUCAUUAUUAAUACUUCUGAUUCCACUGCCAGGACAACCAUAUUUUCUGAUUCCACAACAAUCCCAUCUACUGAUACCCCGUCAAUUAAAAAAACAAUUGAUUCAACAACAGCUACACCUGUGAAUGAUACCACAUUUACCACAGGUAAUAUUGGAAUUACAACAAAAACCCCUAAUAAAACGACCCUAGAUAAUACACUAACCACUGAUCCCACAAUAACAACUACUAGUGAUAUUAUUACUACGAAUAUAUUUCUUACGGAUACCACGAAAAAUGCAUCUACUACUAGUGCCUUAACAAUCACACCUAGUACUGAAACAACCAUAACCACACUUACUACUACAUCAGCUACGAAAGCUAAUACUGACAGCAUAACAACCUCGCUUAAUAUUGAAUCUAUAAAAUCCGCGCCCAUUACUGAUAUCAUAACAACAACUGAAAUUACAAAUAUUAUGCUAAAUAAAGAUAAAGCAACUAUUACUGAUACCACUGCAACCUUGCUUAGCAAAUCUUCUACAUCCAUAUCUGCUACUAAUACAACUAUAACUAAUCUUAUACCAGAUAUUUCUACAACUACUCCAAAUAUAAUAAUAUCUAGCAUUAAUAAUACGCCUUUUAUUAGGCCUAAUCUCAUUAUUAAUACUUCUGAUUCCUCUGCCACGACAACCAUAUCCUCUGAUUUCACAAAAAUCACACCUACUGAUACUUUGUCAAUUAAAAUUACCAUUGAUACAACAGUCACACCUGUGAGUGACACUACAAUUACCACCGAUAAUAUUGGAAUCACAACAACAACCCCUAAUACUGCUACCAUAGAUAAUACACUAACCACUGAUGCCACUAUAAUAACUACUAGUGAUAUUAAUACUACCAAUAUACCUGUUAGUGAUACCACGAAAUUGGCAUUUACUGCUAGUGCCUUAACAAUGACACCUAGUACUGACAAAACCAUAACAACACUUACUACUAAAACAAAUACUAAAGCUAAUACUGACAGCAUAACAACCACGCCUAAUAUUGAAUCUUUAAAAUCCACGCCCAUUACUGAUAUAAUAACAACAACUGAAAAUACAAAUAUCAGACUCACUACAGAUAAAGCAACUAUUCUAAUUACUGGUAUUACAGCAACAUUGGUUAAUAAAUCUACAACUUCAAUUUCUAUUAAUACAACCCGUAAUCUAAUACCAGAUAUUUCUACAACCACUCCAACAAUAAUAAUAUCUAGCAUUAAUAGUACACCUUUUAUUCCUAAUCUCAUUAUUAAUACUUCUGAUUCCUCUGCCACGACAACAUUAUCUUCUGAUUCCUCAACAAUCUUACCUACUGAUACCCAGUCAACUAAAACUACAAUUGAUACAAUAAGAACACCUGUGAGUGAUAUAACAAAUACCAUAAGUCAUAUUGGAAUCACAUUAGCAACACCUGUUACUUCUACCCUAGAAAAUAUACUUACCACUGAUACCACGAUAACACCUUCUAGAAAUUAUACUAUCAAUAUCCCUGUUAAUACCACGAAUAAUGCAUCUACUACUAAUGCUUUAACAAUCAUACCUAGUAUUUACACCACGGUCACCCCACUACAAACUACUGAUACGAUUACAAUCAAACAUUUGACUAAUAUAAGUGUAAUUACCCUUGCUACCCCGGCAACAAAACAUGAUAAUGAAAUCAGAACAUUUGCAUCUACUACUGAUAAAUCAAAACCUACACUUACUUCUGCCAACUCAAGUGCAACUAUCACUGCUAAUACCGGUACCCCAUCUACUAUUGAUAGCUUAUCAAUAGCAACAAUUAGUGAUAAAACAUCAAAUAUACCUAUAAAUGAUAUCACAACCAUCUUACCUUUCACUGAUACGACAACAAAAAUAUCUACUACCGAUAUAACAACAACAUCUACGGAAACCACAACAACCAUAUCUACUUCGGUUACCACAACAACCAGUUCAGCAACUAAUAGAGCACCAGAAACGACAAUUAAUGAGACCACCAUAUUUAAACCUAAUAAUCAAGCUACAACUAUAUCUACUAGUGAGACUACUAAUACGCCUAUUCUCAUUACUGAUAUUUCAACAAAUGUUCUCUCAAUAACAACACCCACUAGUGAUAUUACUACGCAUAUUAGGCCUAAGCCUGUUAUUGGUUUAUCUGCAACUACUCAUAUCACUACAAAACCUAAUACUGAUACUAUAAUAAUAACACCUAGAGCAGAUACCAUAGAUCCAACAUUUAAUAUUGGAAAUAUAUCAACAUCUACCACAACACAUUACUUACACCUACAAUAG